UAUCAUUCUCAUCAUCACCCUCUUUUAUAAUCCUUUUUUUUUUUAUAAUAUAAUAAAGAUUGCUUUGAAUAAUUAAUCUAAAUUACAUAAUACCAACAAAUUCUUUUGUAAAAGUUGUGUUAUGGAAGGAGAUAAUAACAAAACAAUUGUGAUAGGUCCACAAUUUUGUUCUCCUCAACCUCUUCAACUAUUCAUAAAUAAGAAAAUUUACUUCUUUAGUGGGCAUGGAUAUGAAGUUAAAGAUGAUAAUGGUAAUAUGGUCUUCACUAUUGAAAAUCUUUUGGGGUUUUUUCGUAGAAAGUUGAUCAUUUUUGAUGCUGCUAAUGUACCAAUUCUUACCCUAAAAAGCAAGCAUUUUACAUGGCAUAGUAGAUGGGAAUGUUUUAAGGGAGAUAGCACUGAUGAAAAGGACCUCAUAUUUAGUGCUAAGAAUUCUUCAAUGUUUCAAUUCAGAAGAAACUUGGAUAUAUUCUUAGCCAAUAAUAUAUCACAACAAGUUUGUGAUUUUAGAAUGAAAACUAGCUACAGGGAGUCAAAUUGUGAUAUUUUUGCUCGACAAUCAUCCACUCUAAUUGCUCAGAUGGAUAAGAAGUAUACAACUGGAAGUGUAUUCCUAGGAAGAGACAAAUACAUGGUGAAAGUGAAUUCAGAUGUGGAUCAUGCCUUCAUAGUUUCACUUAUAGUUAUCCUUGAAGAGAUAGCCAGCUCAGGACAAGGCAGCAGUACUCAUCCCUAAACAUUGGACCGUUUGGUUACUGUACAAGAAACAUCUUAUUCAUGUAUAAAAAAUUUUAUUAGCCUUAGUAUGUUUGGUAGAAGUUAUAAGGUAUAAAAGUCAACAUAAUUUAUAUCAUGUUUGGUUGCACUUUUGUUGUCCUACAUAAUUAAUACCAACAUAACUUGUGAGGAAAUCUAUGUAUAAAAGUUAUGCAGGGUAAAAGAUGGAAUAAGUUAUGCGGGUAUUAGUUAUACAUGUAUUAAAGUGAUAAAUUA